AGGGCUUGAGAUAACUGGAAACAAAGAAACAAGAAGAAAAUUGUCUCCAAUCAGUAUAGACUGGGCGUAUCACCAAGAAAGACAAGGAAAGAGGAGGGGAAUUCUUUGGAUCAGUACAGGUCUACCACCAGUGGCAACCGUAGUAGCUGAAGACCAGCACCUUCACAGGCCUACAUCCAGACCUAUCACGUUCUUUCCCCAGCCCGAGUGAGCCCCCCUGUACCUUGUUCGUGCCUUCAGCAGGGGUUAUUACAUGGGCCGCAUUCAGGAAGUGGGCUGGGCAACUGCAGGACUGGUGAUCUGGGCUGGCACCUGCUACUACAUUUACAGAUUAACCAAGGGAAGAGCUCAGAAUGAGAGGAGACUUGCCAGAAAUGGGUCCAAAGUCAAGAUGGAGACUGUGGUUGGGGUACAGAACCAGACCUUGGCCACGAGUGAAGCCUUGGCUGGGGCAGAGACUGAGACUAGACCCAAGGCCAUGACUGGAGCAGAAACUGGAGCAGGAGGUGGGCUUGGGGCUGAAGCAGAGGCCCAGGUCACUGCUAUAUCCAGACCCAAAGCCAACUCUCAGUCCAAGGCAAUGGCUGAGGCAGAGACAGAGACUGAAUUUGAGGCCAAAUCAGUGGUUGGAACACUGAUCAUGACAGAGGUAGUGACUCUGACUGAGGCCAAUGCCAAAGCUAGGGAAGUGACCAUGAAAGAGGCAGUGACCCAAACAGAUGCUGAGGCUGGGGGACUAGUGAAGAAAGAGGCAGUGACCCAGACCAAGGCUAAAGCUUGGGCAGCGGUUGCCAGGUCAGAGGCCAAGAAAGAAACAAUGACCCAGACCAAAGCUGAAGCUCGUACAUUGGUUGAAAAAGAGACAGAGAUUAACAAAUUAAUGGUGACACAGAGUGAGGUCUUGGCAGUGACCAAGGAAGUGGUCAAGAUUGGGACCAUGAACAAGGCUGGAAUUGUGGCUGAAACCAAGACAAGAACCCUGGAAGAGACUGUGAGUGUGGUUAAAACUCAUUCUGAAGCUAGGUCUGAUCCCACAGUUGAUGCUAAGGAAAAUCUCAAUGGCACAUCCAGGGCAGAGGCUGGAGUGGACAUGAAGUUCUGUGCACAGUCUCAGGCUGUGGCCAAGGUCCAAGAUGAUGACAUGCCUGGUGUUGGGGAUAAGGACAAGGGUAAUCUUAAAAUCCUGUGUAAGGCAGGCUCUGGGGUAGACACAAAGGCUUCUUUCCAGCCCCAAAUUGCUCCCCAGACACAGGCUGAAGCCAUUCCUGGGGCAAAGGUUAUUGACAGGGGUGAUGACAAUGCCAUGUGUAAAACAGAGAUAGAGGCAGAUAUGAAAGCUUAUAUAAUACAGUCUCAGACUAUGGCCAAAAAACAGGCUGAAGCAACAUCUGGUGCCAGGGUUGAUGGCAGGGGAAAUUCCAAUGUCAUAUCUAAGGCAAUGACUGGAGCUGACAUGAGGGCUACUGCUCAGGUACAAGCUGUAUCCAGUGCUCAGGUUGAGGCCAUACCUGAUGCCAAGGUUAAAGGUAGAGCCAAUCCCAAUGCCAUGGCUAAAGCAGUGGCCAGAACAAACACGAGGACCUAUUCACAGGUUGAAGCCUUGACUGAUACCAGGGAUAAGACCAGAAGCAAUCCCAAUGUCAUGGCUAAGGCGGGGGCUGGGAUGGACAUGUUGUCCUGUACCCAGAUUCAGCCUGUGGCCAAUGUCCAGGGUGAUGUCUUGCCCGAUGGAAGAAUCAAGGCUAAGGGCAAUGCCAAUACCAUGUCUAAGGAAGGAGCUGAGGCUACGGCCCAGAGCCAGGGUGAAACCUUACCUAUUACUAGAGGUAAGACAAGGGGCAAAGCCAAAGCCAAAUGUAAAGCAGGGGUUGGGACAGACAUGAAAACCUGUGUACAGCCUCAGGCUGGGAUCAAGACCCAAGCUGAGGCCUUGCCUGAUUCCAGGGUUGAUGGUAGUAGUGAUUCUAAUGCCAUUUCCAGAGCAGGGUCUAAGGCAGACCAGAGGACCUGUGGUCAGCCCCAAGCUGUGGCAAAUUUCCAAGGUGAGACCCUACCUGGUGCCAAGAAUAGGGUCAAAGGCAACUCCAACACUGUGCCUAAGGCAGGGACUGUGGAAGGUACAAUGGGCUCUUCCCAGUCUCAGGCUGUGACCACUUCCGAGAAUGAGGCCUUGCCUGGUAUCAGGAAUAAGGUCAAGGGCAAUACCAAUGCUGUGCCUAAGGUAGAGGCUGGGGCAGGUGCAACAGGGUCUGCUCAGCCCCAGGUUGUGGCCAAUUCCCAGGGUGAGACCUUGCCUAGUACCAGGAAUAAGGUCAGGAGCAAUCGCAAUGCUGUGCCUAAGGUAGGGGUCAGGCAAGAUACAGUGUGCUCUGCCCAGCCCCAAAAUGUAGCCAGUUCCCAGAAUGAGGCCUUGCCUGGUGCCAAGAAUAAGGUUAAGGGUAAUUCCAAUGCUGUGCCUAAGGCAGAGGCUGGGGUGGGUUCUGUCUAUCCCCAGGCUGUGGCCAAUUCACAGGGUGAAUGCUUGACUGGUACCAGGACUAAGGUCAAGGGCAAUCCCACUGCUAUGUCUAAGCCAGAGGCUGGGGCAGGUACAGUGGGCUCUGCCCAUCCCAAGGCUGUGGCCAGUUCCCAGGGUGAGGCCUUAUCUGGUGCCAAGAAUAAGAUCAGGGGCAAUUCCAAUGUUGUGCCUAAGACAGAGGCUGGGGCAAAUUCAAGAGACUCUGCCCAGUCCCAGGCUGUGGCCAGUUCCCAGAGUGAGAACCUGCUUGGUGCCAGGAAUAAGGUCAGGGGCAAUCCCAAUGCUAUUCCUAAGGCAGAGACUGGGGCAGAUACAACAGGCUCUGCCCAGCCCCAGGCUGUGUCUAAUUCCCAGGGUGAGAAUUUGCUUGGUGCCAGGAAUAAGGUCAGGGGCCAUUCUAGUGCUGUGCCUAAGACAGCGACUGGGGCAGGUACAAUGGUGUCUUCCCAGCCCCAGGCUAUGGCCAGCUCCCAAAAUGAGUCCUUGCUUGGUGCCAGGAAUAAGGUCAGGGGCAAUUCCAAUACUGUGACUAAAGCAGGGGCCAGGACAAGUAUAAAGAGCUCUGCUCAGCCCCAAACUGUGGCCAGUUCCCAAGAUGAGGCCUUGCUUGGUGCAAGGGAAAAAGCUGUGUCCAAUUCUGAAGCAGAAACCAUAGCAAAAGAUGAAGUAUAUGCAAAGCCUGAGUCUGAGGCUGUGCCCACAUCUGAGAGUGAAGGUGGGAUAGACUCUCAGGCUUGCAGAAGGACUCAGCCUAAUAUUCAUGACUACUACUGGAAUGGAAUUGGUGUAGAGGAUUGGAUUGCUGCUGAGCGGUGGAUCAAAUUUAGGUUUCAGGCCAUGGAUGGAGACUGGGAAAAUAGUGUGUCCUGGGCUGAUGAUGAGAAUGAAGCCAGUAUUGGGUCCUGGAAUGGGGCUAGUGAUAAGGCUGGUGUUGUCAGUUCCUGGGCUGUGGCCUGUGAUGAGACCAGCAUUAAGUCCUGGGCUGGGGCUGGAGCUAGGGCUGAGAAUGAGGUUGCUGUUGCAUCUUGGGUAGGAGCUGGGGAUCAGGCCAGUGGAGGAGUCUGGGCUGGGGCUCAGGCUAGUGAGGGGUCCUGGGCUGUGGACAAGGCCAGUGGUGGGUCCUGGACUGGGGCUGAGAACCAGACUAGUGGGGGGUCUUGGGUUGUCUCUGGGAAUCAGGCCAUUGGAGGGCCCUGGGUUGUUGGUCAGGUCAGUGAGGGGUCUUGGCCUGCAGGCCAGGCCACUGGUGUUUCCUGGGUUGUGGACCAGGCUACUGGAGGGUCCUGGACUGUGGCUGAGAAUCAGGCUAGUGCGGUGUCUUGGGCUGGAGCUGGAAACAUAGUUAGUAUUGGUUACUGGACUGGGGCCAUGGACCAGGCCACUGGAGGGUCCUGGGCUGGGACUGGUGAUCAGUCCAGUGGUGAGUCCAAGCCUAGAUUUGAAGAUCAGGCCAGUGAAAAAGGGUCCUGGACUGGGGCUGUUGUCCAGGCCAGUGGAGAGUCCAGGUUGGGACCUGAGGACCAGUCCAGUGGAAGGUCUUGGGCUGAUACUGCAGAUCAAGCCAGUGGAGGGCCCAGGCUUGGGCCUGUAGACCCAAGUGGGUCCUGGACUGGAACUAGUGAUCAGUCUGGUGGUGGAUCUAAGCCUAGUUUUGAGAAUCAGGCCAGUGAUGAAGGUUCUUGGGCUGGGGCUAUUGCCCAGGCUGGUGGAGGGUCCAAGUCAGGGCCUGAGGAUCAGUCCAGUGGAAGAUCCUGGGCAGAUUCAGGGAAUCAAAUCAGUGGAGGGUUCUUGGUUGGGUCUGUGGACCAGACCAGUGGAGAGUCCCAGGUUGGGGUUAGGGACCUGGCUGCUGGUGGGGCAAAUGCUGUAUUUGAGGACCAGACCAAUGCAGCAAGAUGCUGGGCUAAUUCUGGGGACCAGCCUGGUGGAGGAUCUAGCCUGGGGUCUGGAGGUCAGUCCAGUGGAAAUUCCUGGGUUGGUACUGGGGACCAGACCAGUGGAUGGUUCUGUGCUUACACUGGGAGUCAGACCAAUGUAACAGGGUCUUGGGUUGUGGCUGGUGGUCAAGAUGUUGGAGUAUCCAGACCAGGGCCCAUGAACCAGUCUAGUGUUGUGUCCUGGGCUAGCACUGGGAGUCAGGUCAGUGGAAUGUCCUGGGCUAUGGCUGGGGAUCAGGCUGGUAGUUGUUCCAAACCUGGAUUUGAGAAUCAGGCCAUUGGAGGAGGAUUCUGGGCUGGUGCUGGAGAUCAGACUGGUGGAGGAUCCAGACCAGGGUCUCAGGAUCAGUCUAAUGGAGGAGGUUCCUGGGUUGGAGCUGGUGGCCAUGUAAUUGGAGGGUCUAUAUCAGGUACCACAGACCAGUCCAGUGGUGGAUCCUGGGCUGCCACCGUGAGUCAGGUCAGUGGAGGGUCCUGGAUUGGGCCUGGGGAUCAGACUGUUGUCUGCUCUAAAUCUGGAUUUGAGGAUCAGGCUAGUGGAGGAGCUUCUUGGGCUGGUGCUGGGGAUCAGACCAGUGGAGAAUCCUGGGCUGUGUCUAAGCCUGGGAAUGAGGCUAGUGGAGGCUCUAGGCUGGGCUCUGAGGACCAAGCCAGUGGAGGGUCUUGGGCUAAGUCUGAGGACCAGGCCAGUGGAAGAUUCUUGGUUAGUGCUGAGGUAGAGGCCAAUGAAGGAUUCUGGUUUGGGCCUGGGAGUGAGGCCUUUAUAGGUUCUUGGUGUUGGACAGGGGAAGAGGCUGUUAUUGUGGCCAGGUCUGAUUGUAAGCAUGAGUCAAGUAUUGAAUCCACAUCAAGAACUGGGGAAGAGAUUAUCAAUAAUUCUGAGUUGGUGGAUGAGAACAAGGCCAGUAUUGGGUCCUGGAUCAAAUCUGAGGAGGCAGCUUAUGUAGAUUCCUGUGUGGGGGCUGAGGCUGGUACUGGGGCUGAGGCUGGGGUUGGAGCCGAGGCCGGGGCAGUGGCUGGAGCUGAGGUUGGGGCAGUUGCUGGGGCUGAGGGUGGGGCAGUGGCUGGAGCUGAGGCUGGGGCUGAAGCCAGAUUGGGGUCUUGGCCCUGGGAUGAAGAUGCAACAACCAAAGGGUCUAGGUUUGGGGCUGAGGAAGAAGCUGGCAUACCAUCUUGGACUUGGUCUAGGGAUGUAGAUGAGGAUGAGCUAAGUAGAGCAUCCAGCCCUGAUAUUGAGGAGAUUAGUUUAAGGUCCCUGUUUUGGGCUGAGAGUGAGAACAGUAGUGAGUUCACAUCCAAGAGUGGACAAGAUGUUAAUUUUGAGUCUGGAGCUGGGGAUAAGGCCAGCAUUGACAAUAAAUUUGAGGCUGCUGAUGGAUUUGAUCUAAGGACUUGGUUCUGUACUGGUAAUGAAAACAGAAAUGAAGACAAAUCUGCACCUAAUGCUAAAGGCAAAAAGUCCGCUGAGUCAAGAGGUAUAUAUCCAUCCAUGGUCCCUGGGGCGGGAAUGGGGCCAUGGGAUGGAGCCAUGAUCUGGUCCGAAACUAAGUUUACUCAACAAAAUGAGGGCUUUCUAGGUGAAGAUGAGUAUAGAAAGAACGGCAAGUCUGGGGAGAAAAUGCGGCCCUGGUCCUGCCGCUGUAAACGUGAAGCUAAUAUGGAUCCACGAGAUCUUGAAAAACUCAUUUGCAUGAUUGAGAUGACUGAAGAUCCUUCUGUUCAUGAAAUAGCCACUAAUGCCUUAUAUAACAGUGCUGAUUAUCCUUAUUCCCAUGAAAUUGUUCGUAAUGUUGGGGGAAUCUCAGUUAUUGAAGGCUUGCUGAGUAAUCCCUACCCUAGUGUUAGGCAGAAGGCUUUAAAUGCACUGAAUAACAUCUCAGUGGCUGCUGAAAACCAUAGAAAGGUUAAAACAUACUUAAACCAAGUUUGUGAAGAUACUGUCACCUAUCCCUUGAACUCAAAUGUGCAGUUGGCUGGACUAAGAUUGAUAAGGCACCUGACUAUUACUAGUGAAUAUCAGCAUAUGGUUACAAAUUAUAUUUCAGAAUUUCUUCGUUUGUUAACUGUGGGAAGUGGAGAAACUAAAGAUCAUGUUUUGGGAAUGCUUGUGAAUUUCUCUAAAAAUCCAUCUAUGACAAAAGACUUGCUCAUUGCCAAUGCACCAACAACACUGAUUAAUAUUUUUAGCAAGAAAGAGACAAAAGAGAAUAUUCUUAAUGCUCUUUCACUAUUUGAGAAUAUAAAUUACCAUUUUAAAAGAAGAUCAAAAACAUUUACCCAGGACAAAUUCAGUAAAAAUUCUCUUUAUUUCCUAUUCCAACGACCUAAAGCCUGUGCCAAAAAACUUCGAGCCUUAGCAGCAGAAUGCAGUGACCCAGAGGUGAAGGAAAAAGUUGAGCUAUUAAUAAGCAAACUCUAAUUGGAUAUAUGUUCCUACACACAUUUGGGUAAUAUUUUGGUUUUGUAGCCUGGAAGUGAUGCACAUUGUAAAUUGUGUUAUAACUUCAAAACUGAUGUUACCUAUGAUGGUCUAUAGAUGGGCCAUUUUAUGAGCACCAAAUGAAUCCAAACUUGUACUGAAAAUACAUGUGUUGAUUUUUAUCUUGUCUGGAUUGAGAUAUUUUUAGUAUGCUUCAUGAGCAGAAACUGAGCUGAUUCUUCAUAAGUAAGGUAAUCUUUGGUCCUUUGUGUGGACUUAUGUUUAUACAUUUGAGACUUUAUUUUUAUGUCAUCAAUAAAGUUGUGUGUUUUAAGCAGCAGAAAAAA